AUGUCCCCGCGUGGUACUAUGGGUUGGUCUGAGCGAGAAGAGGAGAACCUUCUUCCCUGGUUGGAUGAGAACAGCGCAUUGCCGUGGAAAGCCCUGCCGGACGCAUAUAGUGAACAGUUCGGUGUGGACCGAAGCGUUGAAUCUCUACGAGGGAAAAAAUACCAUAUUCUGCGGAAGCAAGGUCGAUCCAAUGCCCGAUCUCCUGGAAAUCAAGAUCGCCGUAAACGAUCCGGGUCCAGCCGCCGCUCGGUCGUGAUGAAGGCCUCGCAGUCAGACGCUCCAGUCAAAGCUGCAGCCCAAAGCGACAUCGACCUUUGGUUCCAGACAAUCCUCACGACCGAACCCAGCCCUACCGACGGCAGCGAAUCAAUGCUGACAAGGGGCUCGAUUUCAGGUAUGAUCCCGCCGUAUUCAUCUCUAGAUGCGCUCUCAUCUCUCUUUCCAGAUCGCUUGACGCCAGCGCUUACCAAUUACUUUCCCAAAAAGUCACGAACAUCAUCUUGGAUCUGGGGAUAUGUACAUCGUGUCUGCGCCACUGGAAAGCUGGAGCUGUAA